AGCAAACGGCGCGGCGGGGAUGAGACUGGCUCUCCGAGAAUACGUCAUGCAGGAAAGGACGGCUCUGCCCUUCUCAAGAUGGCGCUGCAAUCAGCGCGGAAGGUGCGUGGGUGCUGUAGCUUCAUCCGGGCACUUCACAAAGGACCUGAAGCUGCUCCCGUUCCCCAGAAAGACAGCAUGAAGCGAAUAUUUUCUGGCAUUCAGCCUACAGGAAUCCCUCACCUGGGAAAUUAUCUUGGGGCUAUUGAAAGCUGGGUGAGGUUACAGGAUGAAUGUGACACUGUGCUGUAUAGCAUUGUUGACCUCCACUCUAUCACCAUCCCCCAAGACCCCACCGUCCUUCGGCAGAGUAUCCUGGACAUGACUGCUGCUCUCCUCGCCUGUGGCAUAAACCCAAGGAAGAGCAUCCUUUUCCAACAAUCUCAGGUAUCUGAACAUGCACAAUUAAGCUGGAUCCUUACCUGCAUGGUCAGACUGCCUCGAUUACAACAUUUACCAGUGAAGGCAAAAAGUGCCAAGCAGCAGAGUGAUGGAACAGUGGGCCUGCUCACAUACCCUGUACUCCAGGCAGCCGACAUUCUAACCUACAAGUCCACACACGUUCCUGUUGGAGAGGAUCAAGUCCAGCACAUGGAACUAGUUCAGGAUCUAGCACAAGGUUUCAACAAGAAGUAUGGGGAAUUCUUUCCAGUGCCCAAGUCCAUUCUAACACCAAUGAAGAAGGUGAAAUCCCUCCGUGACCCCUCGGUCAAAAUGUCUAAGUCAGACCCAGACAAGCUGGCCACCAUCCGGGUGACAGACAGUCCUGAGGACAUAGUGCACAAGUUCCGCAAGGCGGUGACAGACUGCACCUCGGAGGUCACCUAUGAGCCAAGCCGCCGCGCUGGCGUCUCCAAUCUAGUGGCCAUCCAUGCCGCGGUCACUGGAGUCCCCGUGGAGGACGUGGUCCGCAGCAGCACAGGCCUGGACACUGCCCGCUAUAAGCUGAAGGUGGCCAACGCAGUGAUCGAGAAGUUUGCACCAAUUAGGAGUGAAAUUGAAAAACUCAAGAGAGACAGAGACUACUUAGAGAAGGUUUUACGAGUUGGAUCUGCCAAAGCCAAAGAAAUAGCAUAUCCUGUGCUCCAGGAGGUGAAGAAACUGGUGGGGAUUCUGUAGGAAGUUUCAUCUACUGCUGGAAAGGGUUUUUUUUUUUUAUUGUUUUAUUAUUCAUA